UGGAUGCCAGCACCUGCAGAACUACCGAACUGUCCACCAGGAGUAGAAUAUCUUAGUCAGAUAGAUCAACUAAUCAUUCACCAGCAGACAGAACUGUUGGAAGCCUUUACAGGAUUUGAAACAAAAAAUAAGUAUGAAAUAAAAAACAGCAUGGGCCAGAGGAUAUACUUUGCAGCAGAAGAAAGCAGUUGCUGCAAUCGAUAUUUCUGUGGAAGUGCCCGCUCCUUUGCUAUAGUGAUUACUGAUAACAGGGGCCAAGAAGUCAUACGGCUAUUAAGACCUCUUCGAUGUACUUGCUGUCUCGCUCCUUGCUGCCUGCAAAAACUGGAAGUUCAGGCUCCUCCAGGAAUACCAGUUGGUUAUGUUGCUCAGAAUUGGCAUCCUUUUCUACCAAAAUUUACAAUACAAAAUGAGAGACAUGAAAAUGUUCUGAGGAUCAUUGGACCCCUUCUUUCCUGUGGUUGCUGCUCAGAUAUCAACUUCCAGGUAAUGUCAGUUGAUGAGACCUUUGAAGUUGGUAGAAUUACCAAACAGUGGUCUGGCCUGGUGAAUGAGAUGUGUACAGAUGCUGACAUCUUUGGGGUCCAGUUUCCAUUAAAUCUUGAUGUAAAAAUCAAAGCAGUAAUGCUUGGGGCAUGUUUUCUUAUAGAUUUUAUGUUUUUUGAAUAUUCUAAUGAAAACUGA